CUGGGGUGUGUGUGUUUAAUUCAUUGUUAUUUUGGAGCCAGAUUUGCAUCACCAUAAAAGGUGGCUUUCCCCCCUCCUCAAUUCCCUCCCCUUCGUUAAUUGCAUUUUUGUUUUUAACCAUCCGGUUUGGAAAUCGUGUUUCCUUUUUUGUUGGUGGCUUCUUAAUUUCCCCCACUUUAAAAUUUUUUUAAUUAUUUUUUAAGAAAAAAGCAUCCACAACCCUCUAAAUCCCCCUGUGCGAUUUCUGCCACUUCUUUUCUGUCUCACUUGUGAGGAGAUGUGGGGUGUUGAAAGGGGGUGCCUGGAAAAUCUGGUUUGUUGCACACGUCUGAAUUUGUUUAAAGGGGUGAACACUUAUUUUCUCCCUGCUUUUGCUGCUGGUGAGGGUGGGGGUGGAGAAGAGAGCCAGGUAGGUUUGUACUUCCAAUUUCAUCUCCUUUUCUGAUCGCUUUACUUGAAAGUAAAUAAUGAGGCAGGAGAGCAUUAAAAGGUACCGAGGAGCUGCGUGUACAAUGGGUUUAGCGGGGAGGCUGGGGAGGAAUGGAGAGCAGAGCGGUACGCAGCUUUCCACCCUCCCCUCUUGCAUUUAUCUCUCUCUCCAUCCUGAGGAAGCUGGCGGAGCAAUCAGGCUGCAUACUGAACAGUGGCAGAAAAAAAUGAAGCAGAGGCUGACCAUGUGGAACCGGCACUCGCCGACGAGGAUGAGAGCCUGGCAAUAGCGGAGCCGGGUGGCAUCAGCAUCGCUGCAGGCGGGACAGACCCCGACUUAUUAACCUGUGGACAGUGUCAGAUGAACUUCCCGCUGGGAGACAUCUUGGUUUUUAUAGAGCACAAGAGAAAACAGUGCAAUGGCACUGGUGGUGCCUGCUAUGAAAAGAGCAUGGAUAAGAGCAGCCCUCCCCCCUCCUCACGUGCCGAGCUCAGGAAAGUAUCAGAGCCAGUGGAAAUCGGGAUCCAAGUCACACCCGAUGAAGAAGACCGUCUUCUCACGCCUACAAAAGGAAUUUGCCCCAAGCAGGAGAACAUUGCAGGGCCGUCCAGGCCUGCAAACCUGCCGGGGGCUCCCAUAGCUGCCUCCUCCCACCCUCACACAUCCGUGAUCACGUCACCUCUCCGCGCACUGGCCUCCCUCCCGCCCUGCCUUAGCCUGCCCUGCUGUGGUGCACGUGCAGUCUCAGUUGGCGGGACUCAGACUGAGAUUCAGACUGAGACGUCAGGCACAUUUGGAUGUCAUUGUCAGUUGUCAGGUAAAGAUGAGCCUUCAAGCUAUAUUUGCACAACAUGCAAGCAGCCUUUUAAUAGUGCUUGGUUCUUGCUUCAGCAUGCCCAGAAUACACAUGGAUUCCGCAUAUACCUGGAAACAAGCCCUUCAAACAGUUCCCUUACUCCACGCAUCACCAUCCCUCCUCCUCUGGGACCGGAGACUGUUGCACAGUCCCCACUAAUGAAUUUCCUUGGAGACAACAACCCUUUCAAUCUUUUACGAAUGACAGGACCCAUCUUGCGUGAACACCCUGGCUUUGGUGAGGGUCGGCUUCCAAACACACCUCCGCUGUUCAGCCCACCACCUCGUCAUCAUCUGGAUCCACAUCGCCUUAGUGCCGAAGAAAUGGGGUUAGUUGCCCAGCAUCCCAGUGCCUUUGACAGAGUUAUGCGUUUAAACCCCAUGGCAAUUGAGUCCCCAGCGAUGGAUUUCUCCAGAAGGCUUCGAGAACUGGCAGGAAACAGUUCCACCCCUCCGCCAGUCUCACCCAGUCGCACCAACCCUAUGCAUCGCUUGUUGAAUCCUUUUCAGCCAAGUCCUAAAUCACCUUUUUUGAGCACCCCGCCACUGCCUCCCAUGCCCCCCAGCAGCACUACACCUCCCCAGCCUCAGGCCAAGAGCAAGUCCUGUGAAUUUUGUGGGAAAACAUUCAAGUUCCAGAGUAACCUUAUUGUGCACCGGCGCAGUCACACAGGAGAAAAGCCCUACAAAUGUCAGCUCUGUGACCACGCUUGCUCCCAGGCCAGCAAGCUAAAACGCCACAUGAAAACGCAUAUGCAUAAAGCUGGCUCCAUGACAGGCAGGUCAGAUGAUGGACUGUCCACCACUAGUUCCCCUGAGCCAGGCACAAGCGAGCUCACAGGAGAGGGACUGAAAUCCAGUGAGGCAGAUUUCAGGAAUGAGAGUGAUCCUUCCCUGGGCCAUGACAAUGAAGAAGAGGAAGAGGAGGAAGAAGAGGAAGAGGAGCUUGAAAAUGAGAGCCGGCCAGAGUCAAGCUUCAGUAUGGACUCGGAGCUGAGUCGUAACAGAGAAAAUGGCUCCAAGUCGCUGCCAGAUGAGAAAUCCCUUGUGUUGGGAAAAGUCAUCGAGAAUGUAAGUCUAGGUACCAUCCAGCAAUAUAAUGACAUGAUAGCUGAAAAACAGAAGAGGAGUAGCUUCAUGAAAAGGUCUUCUGACCAGCGAGACUUGUGUCCUCGAGACCUCUGUCAGAGAGAUCCAGCUGAUGAAGACUCAGUGGUAGGAGAGCUAGACCGCACUGAGGAAGGGACAGUCAAUGGAAGAAACUUUGGCCCAGGUGAACCCUUCCCAAACUUGUUCCCCCGCAAACCAACACCUAUCACAAGCCCUAGUUUAAACAAUUCCUCUAAAAGAAUAAAGGUAGAGAAAGAUUUGGACUUGCCACCAGCAACAAUAAUACCUUCUGAAAAUGUUUACUCCCAGUGGCUGGUAGGGUAUGCAGCAUCACGGCAUUUCAUGAAGGAUCCAUUCCUUGGAUUCACAGACUCCCGACAAUCCCCCUUCGCAACCUCCUCCGAACACUCAUCGGAGAAUGGAAGCCUGCGUUUCUCCACCCCGCCGGGGGACAUGCUGGACGGGGGGCUCUCAGGGCGCAGCGGCACGGCAAGCGGAGGCAGCACCCCCCACAUCAGUGGUCCCGGCCCUGGUCGACCCAGUUCGAAGGAAGGGCGCAGGAGCGAUACAUGUGAGUACUGUGGCAAGGUCUUUAAGAACUGCAGCAAUUUGACAGUGCACCGUCGGAGCCACACUGGAGAGCGGCCUUACAAAUGCGAGCUCUGCAACUAUGCAUGUGCCCAGAGCAGUAAGCUGACGCGCCAUAUGAAAACGCAUGGCCAGAUAGGGAAGGAGGUCUACCGCUGCGACAUUUGCCAGAUGCCCUUCAGUGUUUACAGCACCCUGGAGAAACACAUGAAAAAGUGGCAUGGAGAACAUUUGCUGACAAAUGACGUCAAAAUUGAGCAGGCAGAAAGAAGCUAAGGGCCCUCCCCAUUCCCCGCUAGGUUAAAUUUCAGGGGUCUAGGUAACAUUUUAUUUGUACAGUUUAACUAUUGCCAACUGAGAAAAGAUGACCUAACUUGCCUCCGUAAACAUAACUUAGCAUAAAUACGGUAGGUGCCAGACUUUGGCACUUAAAUAUAACCUGUGUCUACAAAGUUCUAUUAAACCCGAGGGUUGAUUAAGGCAGUAAAAAUUGUGGAGCCUUUUAACUGUGCAAUAAUUUCUGUAUUUAUUGGGUUUUUGUAAUUUUUUGGCAUGUGCAGGUACUUUUUUUUAUUCUUUCUGUUUAAAUUUCUUUAAAAUUUUGUUGGGUAUCCCUUUUUAAUUUUACCCAGUCGUAGCCUGAGAUUACUUGCAUUGUAGAGGAGAAACAUAUCUUUUAAAAUUCUAAUUUUUGGGCCGCUGCUUUGUUGAAAUUUAAGCUACGCAUGUGUAAUUUCUUGUGAAGAAGCCAGCAUUUGAACAGAAAUACUCUUUUUUUUCCUUUUCUUCCCCUCCCCCCCCCAAGAACCUUAAAGAUUAGGGAUUACAAAAUUGUACAGCGGAUAACAAUCUUAAAAUCAGCACUUUCUUUUGGAAUUGGAUCUAACAUGCAGCACUGACAAUGUCGCUGACGAUAGAGGCCUUUUCUAGAUGGAUUUAAUCACUAAAGUUGUGGCAAUGGAUAAAGCAUAGGUGCAGAAGGCAGCUACAUACAAAAUCCAGAAACAUUCUUAAUUGUGUGUUACUAUCAGGUGGUCUCUUCUUGCUCUUAAAAGCUGUAGCAAUAUAAUGGUGCCAUUUCAUCACUUUUUGGGUUUCUUUCCCACUGUCUUCCCUUCCUGCUACUCUUCCCAGAGACAUUAAAAGUAUCCCAAGUAUCAUAUAUUUUCAAACAUUGGAGGAACCAAAUACCAUCUUUUUUCUUUUUAAAUGACAAAAUCAUAAGUUUGUGUUCAGGACAUCUACUUUAUAUUUGUUGUAGUUAAAAUAAUUACUAAAGGAUGGGAAAGUGUGAAUUUUGCAAUGAAAAGCCUCAACUCAUUGGCAUUUGGUUUAUGAAUAGAAAUAUUACAACUAUUUUAUAUGAUGUGCAAUGAUGUUAUUAUAAAGAAGGGAAAAAUAAAUUCUAGUUGCUUUAGCUGUCUUGGCAAGAUUCAGCUCCUACUUGAAGUUGGUAAGAGUUUUCUCCUUGACUUAAUUAGGACUAGAAUUGCAUUCAGGUAAAAGCAUUACAACAGAAAAAAGUAAAGAAAAAUGCACCUGCUCUACUUUCAAAUUCCAAAUUUUUUAAAGCCUUUUACAACUAAUACUAGCCAACAGUGGACAAUUAUGGUUAGAUAUUUCAAUUAUGUUGACCCGCACUUUAAAGCUUUUGUUUGUGGAUAAGAGAAAAAUGGCUUCUCAACAAGAAAUUACAUCGUAUUCUUCUAUUUGGCCCAAAGGUGGGUUAAACUGUAAGGGAACAACUGAGAUUAAGUGUCAGUGUUGCUAAGCAUGGCAUUCACAAUACUGGCACUAUAAAGAAAAAUAAAUAAAAAUAAUUUAUUGGACAGUUUUUGUACUGCCAUUCAAUUUGACGUGAGUGCCUUGAAAACUGAUCUUCCUAUUUGAGUCUCUUGAGACAAAUGCAAAACGUUUUUGUGAAAUGGAAAGACUUUAAAAAAAAAAAGUAAAGCAAGAAAA